UAUAUGUAUAUUGCGUGCAUGUUACGUCUUUUCGAGUUUCGAUUAUCAUCGAGAUGCGUUACAUCGGCAUUUUUUAAUUGAAAACGUUGAUCGAUAGGGAGACACAAAAGAAGACAAAAAAUUGCACUAUUCGAGCGUGGUCGUUCGGCGCAAUCGAGGGGUCAAGCAGCAUUUAAAAAUGGCCGCGGUGUCGGUGCGUUAGCGACCGUUGUCAAAGUUACAAUAUAUAAUCAUCAUCGUAAUCAUCGCGGCGGACACGUCGAUGGCCCGUCUUAUUUAUAGCAACUCUGGUACCUUCGAUCUGCCAAGUAUUUUGACGUAAGGGCGUCGGACGUCAGCCGGAUGCGAUUCCGCGUCAUCUCGCAUCGCCGAGACGUGCAUCACGCGUCGCGAGAUCGAAGAAUCCCUGGCGAGUUCCGUCAUCCGUCGUGUUCUGCGGUUUCCGCACGCUCGUGAUAAAGUGCCUUCUUUCCAUCGCCGCGUCUAUCUCUCACUCUCUCUCGCGUCACCAGGUUCCAGGUAAACGACGGGUCGGCGGUUUUUAGCCGCGAGGUUAACGCGUGUCGUGUCGCCGCGGUGAGGUUAGUGCGCGUCAGAAUCGAACGUGUCUCGAGCUUGCGUUAGCGCGCGACAGUGCGGGUGAGAGUGCGGCGAUGUCGCCCGGCAUUAACGACGGCGGUCCCCGCAACACGGGCACCCUGCCGAAAAGCAAUCGCAGGAACGACAGAAAUCGAGAGCGGUCCGCCGUUAAUCAGCAGAUCGCAAACCGUGCGGUUUAUCACAGUCAGCCGCAGCAUUUUAACAAUUUGUUUCAACUGGACUGGCAGCCGGCGGUGAGCGAACGGGAGCGUGAACGUGAGCCGAGAGCCUCGAGAGCGGCGAAGGACAGCAACACGAGAUCGGCCUCCACUCUGCUUUCCUCCUCGUAUUUCACUUACCAGGACCUGUCCGACUUCGCGUCCCAGAGCUCGGCGAGGCAGUACAAUCACAGCUCAGAGGAGUGCAUACCUUGGCCAAAAAUGGUGCCGCCUACCGAUCCGAGGACUCAAUCGCCGCCACGAUUACAGCAGGGAACGAAACCUUCCAACGUGAACAAGAUGCCUGACAGAAACCAAGUGGAGACUCGCUUAAACCAGAUCAGGGACUACAUCAGAGUCACCGCGACAAUGAUGGAUACUCUCAGCCAGUCUUCCAAUCCUCGCGCGCAAGCUCAGAGUGAAAAAUUGGGCAGAAUGGUGGAGGAUCUCCAUGACAGUGAGACGAAACUGGCGAAGCUGUUGGAGCAAUAUCACGGAAUUUCCGACGAGAACGGCGAGAACGGGCGAGAGGACGUGGACGAGCGUGGCGAUGGCAGCAGAGAGAUGCAGUUGCGCAGGAACAUGGAGGACUAUCAGAACAAGCUCGCGCAGUUGCAGGAGCACCAGGCGAGCUUGGCGGGGAUGCAGGUACGCGUGAGGGAGAGAUUGAAUGAGGCGCGCCAGGCGCAACAAAUGCUCUUGCAGGAAGAGAAUCAGAACGCAGCGAGUGCCGCGUCCCUCUCGGCUCCCGCUAAUGUCGAGCAGCUCGAGUCGCAAACGGAGGUGCUGAGAGGGAAACUGGCGCAACUGCAGACGAAAAAGAAGCAGAUGGACUAUCUCGUGGCAGAGUUGCAGGCGAUAGAGGCGUCCGAGAGAGGCAGUUGCAGUUCCGAGGGCUCCAGGAACACGCUUAAGGACAAAGCCGCGGAGCUGGAGAUGCUGAAGGCGAAGCUCGAGCACAUAAAGGCCCUGGUGGAGGAUGGCACGAGGAUUCGCGACCCGAUGGAUUCCACGUCCGAGCCCGAGCAGGACGUUGACGUGAGUGGCGAGGGAGGCGGCGCGGCGGAUGUCGAGAUCACGGAGGACGUGGCGAAUAUCUCGUUCGAGUGCCGCAGCGACAGCGAUGACAUGGGUCACGGGAAGAUGCGGAAUUCCGUGCCCACGCUUGAGGAAAUACAGAACGUGACGCGAGAAUUGAAGGAACAAUCGGCUCUGCUGCAAGCCACGCGAGCCGAACUGCACCGCUUGAAGCCGGCAGCCACGAUCGCUCACCCCGCUUCCACCUCCUCCUUCUCCUCCUCUAGUCCACCUCCACUGGUAUCUCUGAGCACGAGCGAGAAGAAACAGAGCAAUAAUGCCGGUCCGGAGGUUCAGCCGAUGCAGGCAAAGAGGCGUCAACUGGAAGAUCUUAUAAAAAAGGAAGCAGCGCAGCCUUCCAACGUGAAUCGGGACGUACAAGCGUUGGACCAGCACAGUCAGAGAAGCUCCGGCUCCCAAGCUAGUCAUACCAGCACACCUGCAAAUAUCUGGCCCGCCUCUACCGCCAUGGCUGCAGGUGGUUCUAAUGAGCCAAGCGUAGAUGGCAUAUCCACAUCGGAGAAUUUAUUGGACAUCGGAUCGCAAGCCGCCGCCAUCGAGAACGCCGGAAACUGGUGGGCCUGCCCCGUACCGCCGUCUGCCCCACCUGCGUAUCAAGGACAAUAUGGCUCGGUGGAAUAUUAUCGGCAAUUAUUACUGGGCUCGCAGGCGCAGCAAUUGCAGAUGAUGAGCACGACGAUUCAGCACUGCUGCCAGUUGCUGUGGACGCAGCAGCGCGAGCUGCAAUCCAUGCGCGCUGCCAUCAGCCAACUACAGUUGAGCAACCAAGCGAGAUCGCAGAAUCAUCAUCAGCAGCAUCAGGCUCCGCAGUGCACGCUGAAUAACGCUGAAAAUCAGGAGGAUUACUCGAACCUGAGCCGCAGCGUUCACAAUCUCGGUGACACGUUGGAUGCGACUCUGCCUCCCAGCUCGUCCUUGCCGAACCUCGUCUCGCUGCCGAAUUCGUCGGCAACGUUGUCUCACACGCCGAUAGUUACCUCCUCGAACUCGCAGCAGCAACAGCAGCAGCAGCAGCAACAAUUGAACAAUCAAGUACCGCCCGGUAACAGAGCGAACAACUACUGGGAUAAUUUUCGAAGCUACUCCCGACAGAAUCUGCUCUCGGGGAACGUAAAGACCAUGACGGACUCCCCGGCGGCUGUCGUUAAUUCGGCUUGCUCGGCGCACACGGCUAACACGAGCGGAAGCACCAUCAACAGCUCGCUAAUGAAAGACAAGCGGAAUCGGGAACAUGGAGCUGAGAACUUGCCUCUGCCGCUAACCGGCGCGGAAGCACAGUAUUCGCUGAACUUACAGCUAUCGUCGAACUUGCAGCAGCAGGACAGGGAAAAUGCUACUAUUCGCAGCAACAUCAUAGCGAACGAGGUGUCCCAGCAGGUCGGUAAUCUCUGGGAGGAGAGCCACAUUUCUUUUCGGCUACCAUCCACCACGAAUGACGACAAUCCGCUGAAUAAUUUGAGUUCAGAGAUGAAAGAGGCGAUCAGCUCGCUCGUCGCGGCGAAUAAACGGCGACCAGAUUAUUUGAUAAUCAUUCUGAGAGAGAUCAAAGCGAUUAGCGAGGAUCACCGACUGCGACCGCAAUUGCUGAGGUCGCUGCGUGCUCUGCAGGACACGCAGACGCUGAACAAUCCACUGAAUGAGGCACCUGACCUGACUCCAAGUGAAAGCUGCCAGUCCAGCGACGAGGACUCCUACGUAGGCGCGAUGCUCGGUUUCGGUUUGGAGAAUCAAUCCUCCGUGACUGAAUUGGCCGCGUCGUCUCGCAUGGACACCGCCUCUUCUCCAGCCUCGUCUCAAGUGCCGCUAAUCGAUCACUUGGAAAUAUCGGGAACGUUCUCGCUCGACUGCGCGAGCGCCCUUCCCUCCAGCUCGAACGCGAAACCCGGUUACAACGAGGACUUGGCGGAGGCCGAUCAGUCGAGGCCCGAUUCUUCAGGAACGCAGAAGCUCACUGCGAACGACGUAGACGACGAGGAGGGGCAAGAAGAGGCAGCGUCUUAUCCGAUCGCGGCGGAAGCGUCCGCUACACUCGACCUCGAGGGCAUGGCUGCUAAAACCGAAGACGAGAGAGCGGAGGAGAAUAAAUUUGCCGAACUCGAUAAACUUCUCGCUAGACAUCAUUAAUCUUAACGUAUUCGCGCGCUCGUAAGUGGCUAUUUAUAAUUAUUUUAGGUAUAAUAAAUACUUUAAGUAGAGGGCUAAGAGAAAUAGGGAUGUAUCAGACCUUGAUCUCUGAUAGAAUGAUGCGUUGGCCUACUGUUUGCUUCCGACUUAAAGAAAUAUUGGCUAAUAAGCGAUUAAAAAGUCUGAUAUAUUAACAAGAGCUGUUCAAUCAAUUAGAAACUUACAGAUCACUCUCGACAUUGUUCUCAUGUCUCGCAUGUUGUUCCUUGUGAUACAUUUUGUAAUAGAAAAAAAAAGCCUGAGGAAUUAGAAGAAUUUAAAGAGAUCUCCGAGGUUUUGCGUUGUGCAACGUUACCUAGAGCGAAGACUUUAUACGUUUGCUAUAAUAACAACUCGCUACUGUUUCUAUGUAUAUCUUGAUAUUAAUAUAAAAUAUACGCUCAGAUUCUCGUUAA